ACUGAUCCUAGUACAGCCAUUUAUGCAAAUCCUGGCGCGUUUCGGCUUUCUGAUUGGUCGAGCGAGCGUCACGAGACGCGGCACGGUAGAACUCCUGCACUGCUGAGCUCGUGCCGUCUGUGAAAAUGAGUGAGUCUUUAGUUGUGUGUGAGGUGGAUGAAGACCUGGUGAAAAAGUUGCGUGAUUUCCGCUUCAGGAAGGAGACUAAUAAUGCUGCAAUCAUCAUGAAGAUUGAUAAAGACAAACAGCUGGUGAUUCUGGAGGAGGAGCAUGAGGAUAUUUCCCCAGAAGAUCUGAAGAACGAGCUACCAGAAAGACAGCCCAGAUUUGUAGUCUACAGCUAUAAGUACCAGCACGAUGAUGGGAGAGUGUCCUACCCUUUGUGUUUCAUCUUCUCCAGUCCUGUUGGAUGCAAACCUGAGCAGCAGAUGAUGUACGCUGGCAGCAAAAACAAACUGGUACAGACGGUUGAACUGACCAAGGUGUUUGAGAUCAGGAACACUGAAGACCUGACUGAGGAGUGGCUCCGAGAGAAACUGGGCUUCUUCCGCUAAGAAAGGACCGAAAAAGCUAACAGUCAUGUUUAAAGAGUGACCGAGAUGGGACCAUCACCUCCAAACGGAGAGAAUACCAUAGUCCAUCUGAUAAUGUCUGUUUGUGUAUGUUUGAAUGCUUCUGCCCAAACUCUAAACCCGCCUGUACCAGUUUAAGAUGACAGAAAUUUGAGGUGCAAAGAAAAGAAAAUGUGAAAGCAAAUUCCACAUAUACACUAAACAAUUCCUUGGAUUUUUAAAAUCAUUCCGCCGUCAUCCCUAAGCAGUAACGUAUGUACCGGCCUGCAUAGGUGGUCCAGGCUUACUGCCAUGAUAGUUGGAUGACAUGUUGUGAUUUUUAUGUCAGCUAUCCUUCAUGAUAGAUGACACGGCAACAGUUUGAAACAUUGUAUUACUCUAUAAUGUGGCAUGUUUUGCCAGUUUUGGUAUAAAAUCAUAUGGGUCUUCGUGUAAAGCUCUGAUGAGGGCCAGACAUUUUCUUCCUUUGUAAUGCAUUUUCUAACUUGAAUUUGACCAAACAUGAAUUAUUUUGUUUUGAUAUCUGUUGAACUGUAACGGUAGGUGAAGAGGACAGAAGUCUUACUGAUAUUUUUGGGAGAAACCGUUUACUUGUCAUAAAUUCAUUCUUUUUUUUUGCCUUUUUUAAAUCUGCGCUCACGGCCUGAUAAAUCUCAACUAAAGAUUAAAAUCUGUGAAGACAAUUGUGUGAAAAUUCUGGGACUAAUUUUACUUGAUUUUGUGUUUUUGGGAGAUCAUACCUAGAUGUCCUCAAUCACAGAUCUGUCCUACCUUUUUGGAGACGUGUAGGUUUAGAUGCGCAGCGGCAGAGAUAUGCUAUGGUGUUAUUUUCCCAGAGGCAAUCAUCUCAUAAUUAAUUCCUCUCUUAUUCUAAAUUACUCUUUCUCACUGUCCAACUAAACAUUGGAAUAAAGCCGGUGUCACGAUUCUUCAGUUUAUGCAAAAGUAUCAACAUUUCUGUAUUUAUGUAAAAAAAAACAAUCUAUUGGCAAAAUGUAAACACUGGAAACUUCUUAAAUGUUCAGAGCUUAACAGAAUAAUACGAGUAGUUUAAGGAAGUGAUGUUAUCAUGGGAUUGAUAAGUAAUACCUCGGCAGAUCUCACAUCUUUCAGAAUCUGAGCUCUAAUGUGGGUCAGGCUCAUCUCUGUACAUCUGUAGAACUUGUAACACCUGUGAUUAGUGCCGUUUCCUACUAAACACUGAUUGCUCACUUUGGUGGUUUGUGCGAUGUGGACAUCACGUGAUAUGUCCCAUACAGUAGUGAACUGUGUAUGUGUUUAACAUUUAAUUUUUAAUGACCGAAGAAGCUUUUCCUGAUCAUUUAUAACUCAAGUUCUCUCUUAAAACCAGAAAAUGGUUAACCUUUCAAUAUGUGUCUCAAUUACAUUUGUCUGCUGUUUUGAAUAAUUAAAUAAAAGGUUUUUUCCUUUGAAAA